CCUCGUUUGGAGGCAACGUUCGGGGGAACCCUCCCCACUCCCACCCUCGCGUGCUCUCGCCUCCCCCUUCGGCGAGUUCAGUCGCGUGCACAACGCGGGCGCCGGCUACUCCCUCUCUUCUCCCGACUUCCUUCUGAGAGCCUAUAAACCGGGGGAAGUUCAAUCAUUCCUCAGCGAACCUCGGCGCUCACUGGGCAUGCUCAGUGGCCGGGCCCGGCUCCGGUGGCCAGAGGCUGCCUUGGGCUCUAGGGCUCGGGUCGGCGGCCGCUUGGGCUCGGCUUCCCCGAGCGCGGGCUGAGUACAGCGGCCCCUGAGCCGGGAGCGAGACGCGCCCCGCCGUCCCCGCCCGGGCGCCGGCCUCGCCCGAGCGCCGUCGUUCCGGACCCCGAAAGCCCCCAACUUCGCGCCAAGUUCCGAGCCGCCUCCGGGGGGAGCCAUGCAAAUGAUGACCAGGGACGGUCUGCUAGAAAUGGAGCUGGAGGAGGACGACGACGACGAUGGGGAUAUCGGUGGUGUUCCUGCCUCCAAGAGGCCUUUAAUGGCUCCUGCCACUCUCCCAUCCGGCCUGGUCUUGGAAAACCUUGAACAGACAAUUGUCUCUGGUUUUGGAUCACUGGAAAGUCAGCAGGAUUUCCGAACCCCGGAGUUUGAAGAAUUUAAUGGAAAACUUGACUCCCUCUUUUUUAAUGAUGGUCAGCGAAGAAUUGACUUUGUUCUAGUGUAUGAAGAUGAAAGUAGAAAAGAGACCAAUAAAAAGGGUUCAAAUGAAAAACAAAGGAGGAAAAGACGAGCAUAUGAAUCUAACCUCAUCUGUGACGGCCUGCAGCUAGAAGCAACCAGAUCGCUUUUGGAUGACAAGCUUGUAUUUGUAAAAGUACAUGCUCCAUGGGAAGUGCUAUGCACGUAUGCUGAGAUAAUGCACAUCAAAUUGCCUCUGAAACCCAAUGAUCUGAAAACCCGGUCCUCAGCCUUCGAUAAUUUCAAUUGGUUUACCAAAGUCCUCCAAGUGGAUGAAAGUAUCAUCAAGCCAGAGCAAGAGUUUUUCACUGCCCCAUUUGAGAAGAACCGCAUGAAUGACUUUUACAUUCAAGAUAGAGAUACAUUCUUCAAUCCAGCCACCAGAAGCCGCAUUGUUCACUUCAUUCUUUCUCGGAUCAAGUAUCAAGUAAGGGACAACGUUAAAAAGUUUGGGAUUAACAAACUCGUAAGCUCUGGGAUCUACAAGGCAGCUUUCCCUCUCCAUGAUUGCAACUUCAGCAGUCCGUCAGAGGACCUCAGCUGCCCCAAUGAACGCUACCUUCUGUACAGGGAAUGGGCUCAUCCUCGAAGCAUGUACAAAAAGCAGCCCUUGGAUCUUAUCAGGAAAUACUAUGGAGAGAAGAUUGGAAUCUAUUUUGCCUGGCUGGGCUAUUACACUCAGAUGCUUCUCCUGGCAGCAGUUGUGGGAGUGGCUUGCUUUCUCUACGGAUAUUUUAAUCAGAAUAACUGUACAUGGAGCAAAGAAGUUUGUGAUCCUGAUAUUGGCGGCAAGAUCAUAAUGUGCCCUCAGUGUGAUAAGCUUUGUCCAUUCUGGAAACUCAAUGUUACUUGCGAGUCCUCAAAGAAAUUGUGCCUCUUUGACAGUUUUGGAACCCUAGUCUUUGCAGUAUUUAUGGGGGUAUGGGUUACCUUGUUUUUGGAGUUUUGGAAGCGGCGCCAGGCAGAACUUGAGUACGAAUGGGACACGGUCGAGUUACAGCAGGAAGAACAAGCCCGGCCAGAAUAUGAGGCACGGUGUACGCAUGUGGUGAUAAAUGAGAUCACUCAGGAAGAAGAGCGUAUUCCCUUCACCACCUGGGGAAAGUGUAUACGUAUAACCCUCUGUGCCAGUGCUGUCUUUUUCUGGAUCCUUUUGAUCAUUGCUUCAGUUAUCGGCAUCAUCGUCUACAGGCUCUCAGUGUUCAUUGUAUUUUCUGCAAAACUUCCCAAAAACCUUAAUGGAACAGACCCAAUCCAGAAGUAUCUGACUCCACAGAUGGCCACGUCCAUCACCGCUUCCCUCAUCAGCUUUAUCAUCAUCAUGAUCCUGAACAUCAUAUAUGAGAAAGUGGCAAUCAUGAUUACUAACUUUGAACUCCCAAGGACCCAGACUGACUAUGAGAACAGCCUAACCAUGAAGAUGUUCUUAUUCCAGUUUGUCAACUACUACUCUUCGUGUUUCUACAUCGCAUUCUUUAAGGGCAAAUUUGUGGGCUAUCCAGGAGACCCAGUUUAUUGGCUCGGAAAAUACAGAAAUGAAGAGUGUGACCCAGGUGGCUGUCUCCUUGAGCUGACAACACAGCUGAUAAUCAUCAUGGGAGGAAAAGCGAUCUGGAAUAACAUACAAGAGGUGUUACUUCCCUGGGUCAUGAAUCUAAUUGGACGGUGUCGCACAGUUUCGGGAGCAGAAAAGAAAGCCCCACGAUGGGAACAGGACUACCAUCUGCAGCCCAUGGGCAAACUGGGAUUAUUUUAUGAAUACCUUGAAAUGAUUAUUCAGUUUGGGUUCGUCACCUUAUUUGUGGCCUCUUUUCCACUGGCCCCUCUGUUGGCUCUGGUGAACAAUAUAUUGGAAAUAAGAGUGGACGCGUGGAAACUGACUACCCAGUAUAGACGCAUGGUGCCAGAAAAAGCCCAGGACAUCGGAGCAUGGCAGCCCAUCAUGCAAGGAAUAGCAAUUCUGGCUGUGGUGACCAAUGCCAUGAUCAUUGCUUUCACAUCAGACAUGAUCCCCCGCCUGGUGUAUUACUGGUCCUUCUCCGUCCCGCCCUAUGGGGACCACCCACACUACACCAUGGAGGGAUACAUCAACAACACUCUCUCCUACUUCAACGUUGCCGACUUUAAAAGCAAAAGCAAGGAAAAUCCGUACACUGAGCUUGGUGACUAUACCACAUGCAGGUAUCGUGAUUUCCGGUACCCUCCUGGACACCCACAAGAGUAUAAACACAACAUCUAUUAUUGGCAUGUGAUUGCAGCUAAGCUGGCUUUUAUCAUUGUCAUGGAGCAUAUCAUCUAUUCUGUGAAAUUUUUCAUUUCAUAUGCAAUUCCAGACGUAUCGAAAAGCACGAAGAGCAAGAUCAGGAGAGAAAAAUACCUAACCCAGAAGCUUCUUCAUGAGAAUCACCUCAAAGACAUGACCAAAAAUAUGGGAGUCAUAGCUGAGAGGAUGAUAGCAGUAGUAGAUAACAAUAUACGACCAAAAUCAGAUUAAGAGCUUUAUGUUCUGAGAAGCACUUUAAAGAAUUUAGUUUUAUCAAAAUAUAUUAUGAAUCACUAAUGAGAAUAAGUUAAAUCACUUCAGCAAAUAUGAGUCUUAACUAUGACCAUUUUCAUGCAGAUUAUUUUUCAGUUUCAGCUAGCGAUGUAGGAACUGGAAAAUGUAAAAUUGAGAUCAAGAAGGGCAUAAAACUAAUCACCAGGAAAACCAAAAAUGUUACUUUUUUUGAUAAAUUGGAAUUUUAGUAACACAGAAGAGGUGUCUUUGUGUGCUUAAAAACAACCCCUACCAAAGUAGAGUGGAUUUUUUCCCUCCAUUUGAUUAUUUUCAUUCCUUCUGUUCUCAAGCACAUGAUCUUUUUUUAUUUUUAGGCACUGUUUCAUUUCUUCACUUUUUGCCAGAUCUGUUCCAGAGUUAUCUUUCCCUUACAAAUACCAUCAUUAAAGAUUAGACAUGCUAGCAGUUGUGUAUUAAAAAUAUCUAAUGCAGAAUUCAGUUUGAAUGCUGUAUUAAGUGGCAGAUAGACCCAAGACUCCACAAUAUUUAGGUGCGUUAUCACAUUCCUACAGAAAAAGAAAUCUCAGGUAAUGAGGCAAUAGUUUCAGUCUUCAUCUUGGCCUUUCUUUCCAUCUCAGAGAAAUACUUUUAAUGGAUUGCAAGGAAGAUGAUAGCAAGGUUCUGAGCAUAUUUGUGUUAAUUCACAGUGACACCUUUCAUCUUCCAGGAGCACUCCUAGAAUGUUCUGUGCCUAAUCAAUGCUGACUGCUUUGCAAAUCUCAAGGGAAUAAGAUGGCAAAAGCAGGGAAAGUUACAGAUUGAAACAGAAUUGUGACUCGUAUCAAUCAGGAUAAUUAAUUUACCUAUUCUGAAGAUAUGUCAUUUCUUGAAAAAAAAAUGAAAUCAAGUGAUUAAAGUUACAUAUUUAUCAACAUAAUGGUUUGGAAAAGAUGAACGCAUCAGGUUCCCACCAGUUGCCCUUUAUCCAUGAGAUCCCAGGAAGCAGUAUUACAAGCAACCUUGUGAUUGUCUCACGGCCAUCGUGACAGGCCAGUGCUGCGCCUGUCAAGAGAACAGCAAGUGCCCUCAGCGUGACCACGCCGUGUGCCUGCGAGGGGUUCUGCACGUCCAAGUGAUCAGCCUACCAAAGCAUCUGCCACAGAGAAGGUAGCUCAGCGCGUCCUCCCUCCUCUUACUCCCAGCCCAGUAACUUGUUUGCACCUGGGGAGCAUUUUUUAGGGAGGGAGAGGGAGGGACAGGAGAAUACCUAGAUUAUUCCCAAAAAAGAAAAGAGACGGGAUUUGAUUUGAAUUUCCAGCCUCCCCUCAAGCCAGUCAGGCAAUUAAUUAAGGGUCAGAAAACAAAUUAGUUUGGUCACAAACUCUGCCGUCAGAUGGAGGUAACUUCCUGCUGAACUUCUGCCCCACCGUGCACAUCUUGACCUUAAUUUAUUCAGCUCCACAGUCUCUACUGUGCUUUACCGCUUUUCGGGUGCCAGGCCCUCUUGUAGGCUCUGGAAAAGACACAGGGCCCGUACCUCUCACCUGUGACUGGUGACAAGGCAGGGCUGGGUGCAGGAGAGGGUGUCUGGCACGGGAUUCUUGCUAGAUGGGCCGCCACCCACUGGGAUGCUGCUAAAUGCCCAGGUGCCACAGGAGCCAAGACACUCAGAGUCCCAGCAGCAAAGGAAAAGGAAACACUAUUCAGUGAGCAGAUUUAAUAGCGUAGCUUCACUCCAGGUCACAAUUCUAAAUGCCUGCCAUGAAUGUUAAAAACAAAACAGUAUUUCUGUAGGAUUCAUCAAAACAGUAUUCUGGACUUUUGAAUUGUCCCAGUGGAUCUGGACCAUUUCACUAGCUUUCUUGAUAAUGUUAAUGGUGUGAUCAGAGAGUGCUCACAACAGGCCAUGUGAGAUCGGGCCACACUGGGAGAAAGAAAUGAAUUUCUUCCGAGUGGGGAAGUGUUCUCAUCCCUUUCCCUGCUCACCCGGGACACUGCUCCUGGAAGUGGUGCCGAUUCCUCUCAAUUACCUCUUCUCUUCUCUGAAGUGUAGGAGUAUCUCCUAGUGUUGGAUAUGGCAAUUACUCACUGCUUAUGGAGUCACAGAAAAGGAAAUGUUUUUGCCUUAUCUCCUUGUAUAUAAAAUAGAACUUGAAAAGAAUUCAUUUAUGUUUUCAUAAACCAUCUUUCAUAAAUCGUCUUCACAGUUUAAAAUUUGCUUCUGUGGACAAGAGGGAAAAAAACCUCUACCCUUUUAAGGCAGCGAAUGUGAUGUAUGACACUGCCAAUAUUCCCCAAACGGCCAGGUUGUAGUGGGGACCCAGGUUAACCUGUGACACUGACAGUGUUCAUGUAAGUCUAGUGCUGACUAGUGGGUAGUGAAGAAAAUGUGGGGCUGUGUCUGCAGGCACUCGUGGGCUACCUCUGUAGAUGUGAGCAGAGGCAGCACCUUGGAAAAAUGUAUGGGUGUGACAGAGGACCUGUGAAGGGGAAAUCUGGGCCUAGACCUGCCUGGUGUUAACCACUAGAGAAAUUUUACUUUGUAUCCUUUUGUGAUGCCUGUGAAUUUUAACAAAUCAAAGCAUUAGACCAAAAUACUCAGGAGAUUUUUCUUUAAAUAUCCCUCAGAUACUUUAGUUAUGUCAAUAGGAAGGGAAAGCUUUCAUUUUUGUUUGAAAACUAAACAAGACCAUUUUGCAAACUGUUUAUCACCAAAGGCCUUCCCUUAUAAUUGCAUGUGCAUCUUGAAUUUCAGAAAACAUUAAUUCACAAUAGGGGGUCAGAAUACGCUCUGUUGUUGAAACACUUCUUGUACCAUUUUCUUGUGUCCAUAUUAUAUUUUAAGAUGUUUGAAAAGUUAAAAUGUAUGAACAACUUAAGUAAAACUGAAAUAUUCAUGAUGCUUUUCAUACACUGUGGCAUAAGAUGUAAAGUUUGUAAUAUUUUGCAAAUUUCUGUGCACUUUAAUCUUUUAUAAUUAUGAGCAAUUUAAUAAAUUCAUUUUU